AGAUUGCUCACUCAUCAGUCUCGAAGGGGAUCCAAAAAUGGAGAUGACGUCAUCGGAACAUGAAACUCCACGAGACACUUCCUCCGUCCCUCCUCCUAGUGACGACGGAGCUCCACGCCAGGAUCACGCCCUACUUCCUCAAAGUCCAGAGCAUCCAGUGGCUGUGCAGGAAGCAGAAAUGUCUGAGGAAGAAGUGAAGGGAACAUUUGAAGCUGUUGCAUCCACCGGAAAGUUCUGGCUGGACUGGGAGAAACUAAAGGGAAUGCUGUCGUGGUGGUUGAAGAAGGUUCUGUCAGAAUAUCCUGAGGCAAAGAUGACUGACGAACAACAAAAGGAAGCCCUAGGCGAAACAUAUUCACAGCUGGUUAGUCGAUUGGAUGAAGCCCUUCUUAGUUUCGACGAAGGUCCUCCAUUUACACUGCAGAGACUCUGUGAGAUCCUUUUGGCUGCAAGGAGUAUCUACCCAAAGCUCUCAAAGCUUGCUCUUGCUUUAGAAAAGAAUCUGUUGGUUACUUCUAUGUUAUCCAUCAGUCCAGACCCACAAUCACAAACCACUGAGGAUGCAAACGCAGCAACGGAAGACGCAAAAACUGCUGCAGCAAAUUGGACACCAAAUGGAACUGAAGCAGUGGUGGGAGGCGACAAGGAUGAGAUAAUGACAGAGGUAGAGGAAGCAGAUGUUGAUGACGCAAUGACUAUUGACAUGGAAACUAUCGAUGAACCAUCAGAGACAAUGACGACAGCUAGUGAGAGUGAGAAGCCAAGUGAAACCAAUGCUGCAGAACCAUCAUCGGAUUCAAUGGCUGCCGAGGAGGGAGAUUCACGGGUGACAUGAACGGUAUGGUUUGAGAGACAAGUGUGUGAACAUGAUCAGCUUUUGAAACUGACCUCGAAUAUAAUGUUUGUUUUACGAGGAGAUAUUCGUGGUUCUUUCUUUCACUGUAUUAGUUUUAUGAAGGUUUUCUUGUGUAGAUUUUUGGAUUGAUUCUCAAAUUCAGACGAAAAAUAUUUUAAAAUGAAUUGCCUUUGUGAAUCCUCAAAAAACAAAUAUUAUGAGAGUGAAAAGUAUAGUAAAA